AUGGGUAUGAAUGUGAGUCGCCAGGUGGACCUAACGGAGAACGAAUACCUUCAACGAUUCGUCGGCAAAACCCACAUCCCCGCAUAUGAUGAUGAAUUUUGGAACAAUUUCUUGCAAUAUCACAUCAGUCUACCUACAAACAGCCAGGAACAGUUGAGCUUGGACUCGCGGCUGGAAUCUCUUUGCCAGAGCUUUAUCAGCCACAACCUACAUACCGGCAACUUUGGAUCGCUGAUAAACGUGUUUCUGCUUAAGGUAUCUGAGCUGCUUACACUGUCCGACACCGAAAGUAAUGUCCACAUAUGGCACGCAUUCAAUGCACUGUUCAUCAUCCGAUGUUUGGUCAAGUAUAUGAUCGAGACGGGUUCCGAGUAUCAGUUGUUGCAGCAUUUCGAAGCAUUGCCAGUUCAAGCGGCUGAUAAUGAUGUGGCAACCCCGGAGGCAGCAGCGACGAGCACGGCUGUUCCUAUAGAUAUUCGAGCGGUGGAAGAAACGAAGGCGGCGGUCGCAAAGCUGGUUGAUGGUACAAAAUUUGAAACUUUCCUCGAGGCACUGGUCAACAUUAUAGUCGUGAUACCGGUGAAAGAAUUCACAUAUCACCUACAUCUGGAAGCGGUCAAUUGCAUGAUCAUUCUGCUCUCGGUGAGCCUAUUUUCGCAGCAAACGAUGGAAAAAUCCACCAUUUACAGGACAGUGUACCGCUGCCAGCAUGCAAACACGUUGAUGAGCGCUUUGUUACAUUUCCUAAGCCGCAUGAGCCAAGCUCCACAGACCAUGUUUGGCUUCGGAACCGGGGGUUCGUUCGUUUUCGGUAUCGCUGAAUCGCUCUGGUCGAUACUGACGUUCGCUCGCAAACAACCGGACAUACUUACCGCACAUGAUCUUCCGACGGCCUUCAGAGAGCACUAUCCUCUUGCGAAUCAGAGCCUGUUGCUGAUUCUCAUCCUUACCAAUCAUCACGCAACGAAAGAUAAUCCCUAUCGGAUCAGCUUAUUCGGAUGUUCAGAUUCACAAGAUUCUCCGAAGGAGGAUCCUGCUACAUUCAAGAUUGAUUUCUCGUCUUUGUACAACACAUUGUGCCGGAUAGUGACUAUCGAUCAGGCUACACUUUUGUUGUAUCUGUUGCUUUAUCGAAACCAAAGAUUCCAGAAAUACGUGAUGGCACAACAGAACCUGCAGCAACUUGUUAUUCCAAUACUGCAGACCCUGUACAAUGCCCCCGAUAGUACUUCACAUCACAUUUAUAUGUCGCUGAUAGUCCUGUUGAUUCUCAGCGAGGAUGAUAAUUUUAACAAGAGUGUUCACCAGAUCAUGCUGAAAAAUAUUACCUGGUACACGGAACGUUCAAUCAGCGAGAUUUCCCUCGGUGGCCUCUUGAUACUGGUUGUCAUUAGGACGAUCCAGUAUAAUAUGCUCAAGAUGAGGGACAAGUACCUACACACGAACUGCCUUGCCGCCCUGGCCAACAUGUCGGGUCAGUUUCAGUCGCUUCAUCCGUACGUCGCGCAGCGAUUGGUUAGCUUGUUCGAAACGUUGGCCAAGAAACAUGCCCGGCUGGAUCAACAAUUAAAACAACCCAACGGAGAGACCGGCGAAACGGAGGUUGCAAUUCCGAUCGGUGGCGGAUUAACAUCAGAAGACAUGUUGCAGGAUUUGUCCGUGUUGGAGGAAGUGUUGCGAAUGGUGCUGGAAAUCCUUAACUCCUGUCUUUCGCACCAAUUAGUGUACUGCCCAAAUCUUGUGUACACACUGCUGUACAAACGCAACGUGUUCGAGGCCUUCCGAAGCCAUUCGGCAUUUCAGGACAUCAUACAGAACAUUGACAUGGUUGUAGGAUUCUUUUCUUCUCGACUGCAACGGGUGCAGGAGCAGCGCGGAGAGCUAGGCGUGACCGAAGUGUUGGAAGUGAUUUCCAAAGGAGCUAGCCAGUGGUCGAGUGAUCGGUUACGGAAAUUUCCUGACCUUAAAUUCAAAUACGUGGAGGAGGACGCACCCGAGGAGUUCUUCAUCCCGUACGUUUGGACGCUCGUGUGUAAGGCUGGCUGUGUACACUUUAGUUCCGAGACGAUAAAGGGCGUCAGUACCGAAAUCGUUUGUUAACGUUACCGUUUAUUGUCACACUCCUCUCGGAGGAUCGUUUCGCGGUACUUUUCAAAUUCGCUUCUUCCCAACUAACAUAAUCUAUUCGGCACAAUUACGGGCAAAACUAGAGUGUAGGAUCUAGCGGUAGAAUUCGGAAGCCUUGUGUUCCGACAUUGUUUUUUUUCCCGCCCUGUGCAAUUUAACAAGGAACUUAAUGGGCUGCUGGAGUGACGACUGCUGGCAUGAUUCACCGCUUUUUCAGUCCUCUUUUUCUUUUUCGAUCUGUUCUUACGUACGCAAACUAGCACCUCGAAUGAUUCGAUGCAAUUUUGUAUAAUUUUAUCAUGCAUUCCUACUGAUGGUGCUUCGUUUCUUAUUAUACUAUCUGUUGUGCAUUUUUUGUUAUUGUUGAUGUACUAGUCUUAUUUUCGACGGCUUUAUUUUUCAUGUCACACUGCGUAAUUUUAUAUUUGCAAUCACUGUUCUGCGUUUUCAACCUAGAUGCUAGAUGCCAUUCAGCGUCCGAUCAACGUGCAUCGUUAGCUUUCGUUAGUGGUCGGUUACGGAAUGAUAUUGGGAGAAGACUGGAACGCAAAGAGCUACGAAAUCAGGCAAUAAUAACGUAAGAGUUAGACGAUAUAUAGUAACAAGAGGUUCUAAAAAAAAUAUUCAGCGUGAUAACAGCUCUAUGUCUAAGGCGAGUGUGAAUAUUGUAACACGAGAAGCCAGUAAUUAUUUCAACAUAAACCACGAAUACCGCGGAGGGUAAAACAAGCUGCCGUAUUUUAGAUGGUCGUCGAUUGUGGAUUUGCUUUAGGCACAGGAAUGGUCGGGAAUAUCCUUUGUUAGCGCUAUCCUUUGAAGCGAUAAUGCCAUUGACGGCAGCAUUGAGAAUCGGCAAGUUUAAUGCGAGCACGUCACUGGAUUGUGGAUUCGAGCGGGUGAAUGAACUAUGCAGGAGAAAAGUUGAACGUUAUACAUUUAUGGAAGACAAAUGGUAAACAAUAUUAACCCCGAAC